ACCAAAUCUCCUUUUGUCCCCUCUGGUUCGGGACCCCGACACACGGGGUCAGGCGGGCUGAAUGGGUUCACAGCCGCGGCGGCUCAACACUCGGACCGGGGACGCCAGUGAGAGAGAGACACAGAGAGACACAGAGAGACACAGAGAGAGGGAGAGAGAGAGGGCGCGCGCUAAUUAGAAAAACCUGGUGAAGCAAUUAAGCGCGAGGAGGAGAGAGGAGAAGGAGAGGCUCCCUCACACUGAGUGCUUGGCCACGCAGAGCAGUCACCUCCUCUGGUUCCGACAGGAGGAAGCAGAAAGUUUCACCGAGAAGUUUGGCAGCGAGCGAUCUGAUUUAGGGCUCCAGUGUCCUCAGCACCAUGAGUUGGAGUUUCCUGACGCGGCUGCUGGAUGAGAUCUCCAACCACUCCACUUUCGUGGGGAAGAUCUGGCUCACCGUGCUCAUCGUCUUCCGCAUCGUGCUGACGGCCGUCGGCGGUGAAACCAUCUACUACGAUGAGCAGAGUAAAUUUGUCUGCAACACGCAGCAGCCUGGGUGUGAGAACGUCUGCUACGACGAGUUUGCUCCCCUCUCUCACGUCAGGUUCUGGAUUUUCCAGGUGAUCAUGAUCACCACCCCCACCAUCAUGUACCUGGGCUUCGCCAUGCACAAGAUUGCACGCAUGGACGACGGCGAGUACCGGCCUGUUAGGACCAAGAAGAAGAGGAUGCCCAUCGUGAGCCGCGGGGCGGUGCGUGACUACGAAGAGGCGGAGGAUAACGGAGAGGAGGACCCUAUGAUCGCUGAGGAGAUUGAACCGGACAAGCCAGAGAAAGAAAACCCACAGAAAAGCCCAGAGAAAAAGCACGACGGUCGUCGGCGGAUCCUGCGGGACGGCCUGAUGAAGGUCUACGUUUGCCAGCUGUUUUGGCGCUCCGCCUUCGAGGUGGCCUUCCUCUUCGGCCAGUACGUCCUGUACGGCUUCGAGGUGAUCCCUUCGUACGUGUGCAGCCGCUCCCCGUGCCCCCACACGGUGGACUGCUUCGUGUCCCGCCCCACUGAGAAAACCAUCUUCCUGCUGGUGAUGUACGUCGUGUCCUUCCUCUGCCUGCUCCUCACCCUCCUGGAAAUGAUCCAUCUGGGGGUCGGCGGCAUCCGGGAUACUUUCCGCAAGCGAGCAGCUCUCAACUCGCGUUCCCAGCGCCCGCAGUCGGGCCGCUCCAUCCCCACGGCUCCGCCCGGCUACCACUCCGCCAUGAAGAAGGAGAAGCUGAAGGGAGAGCUGAGGGACUUGCCGAUGGGCGACUCCGGGCGGGAGAGCUUCGGGGACGAGGGCCCCUCGUCCAGGGAGCUGGAGCGGUUGAGGAGGCACCUGAAGCUGGCGCAGCAGCAUCUGGACCUGGCAUACCAGGCGGAUGAAGGAAGUCCUUCGCGCAGCAGCAGCCCGGAGGUCAACACAGCUGCACAGACAGCUGCUGAGCAGAACCGCCUCAACUUCGCCCAGGAGAAGCAGGGCGAGUCAACCGAGAAAGGACUCCGUGCCUGAGCAUGCUUCCUGCAUCAGACGUCUGUCCUCCUACUGGCCUUAAACGCAUCGUGUGUGUGUGUGUGUGUGUGUGUGUGUGUGUGUGUGGUGGGGGAGAGAGAGAAUCACAUAUGGGAUUGCAGUCAGACCACUGAGGGAGACCAGAAUGUUGUGUGUGUGUGUGUGUUUGUGCGUUCUUGUGUGUAUGGACAAGCGAUUUGUGCCUUCAGUAUUAGUGGUCGGUGUAAAGCCCAGUUGCUGAGCGAGCCACGUUGUGACAAAUGUUUAAAUCUCCAUGUCUCUAAAACUUGAAAUCCUGCCACAUCUGGAGUUUGUGCUUCAUCCAAGCCUUCCUUGAAACAGCCUGUACGCCCCGCGCCGUCUUCCUGCGGCCACAUCGGAUGGUUAUUAUUCCAAGCUUUAAAGUCCUUCUGGCUGAGCCAUCACUUUUUGUAUUUUUCCACAAAAGGAGUUUCUCUUUUUAUGAACUGUCACUGAAUGUUAACGUCUCCUUGUUGUGGCUUGUUGUACUCUGAGUCUCACAGAACACAGCCUAGGGUAACUACUUUCUCAGAGUGUGUGCAAGGUCCUUUUUUUUUGUAAACAAAUUGGUCCUCAAGGUUCAUUGAGUUCGUUCCACCACAAAUGUUUUUUGAACUUUUUAUUUUAAAAUCUGCGUUCUUGCUCCAAAUCGGCCGAGAUCUGUACCUGGGCAAUGCUUGAAUUCUUCUUCUUUGAAAUGAAAUGUUUAGUGCAGAAAUGAUUCUCAGUCCAUCAGUUAAAAUAAUCUGUAACUAGCGCAUCUUUUUUUUUUUUCUGCAUCAUGUACUCCACCUGCCUCAUGUUACAGCUUAAAGUAGGAUGUUUUCUAGAAACCUUUUCUGCCUUCAAAUAAGUAUUACAGAAAGUAUUGCAGAGUAGCUGAAAGCAUCAGUUGAAAUAUUUAAUACCUUUUUUUUGCAGUUGACUUUUCUUUAUGGUAACAUUUGUCAUCUCUAACAGUUCUGUUUGUGCUCAGUCGUUACGCUGAGGUGCAUCCUGAGGAUGAAAAACUCCAACUUUUCCUACAUCCUGAAACCAAAAGUUUGUAAAAAUCAGUUUCCAAUCUGUGGCUGCAGGAAUGCCAAAGAUUUGUUCUUUUUGCUUUAGUCCAGUUUUUACAGGAACGACAUUCCAUUUCAAAUAUCUUUCAGUGCUUCCUUUUUUAUUGAACGUUUUGUAGUUUUCUUUUUGUAACUGUAGAGAUUAUUUUGUCUUAAGAGUAAAAUAAAUAAAUAUAUUUGAAUUAAA